CCCCAAUCAGCCAUUUCUGCUUUGAAGGCACUCAAUUCUUCUCUUGGAAGUUUGUUUAGUUUGAUCUCUCUUCAUAUGCAGAUAUAGCAAAGGAAUUGUGUAGGUUCCUCUCUUGUAUUUUGUUUUGAGGACAGGAAUUCCCUAAUUUCCUUUGCAAGCUGGUGCAUGAACUGUUGGCUUGUUUUGUCAUUAGUUUUUCUGCUUUAAAGGAAGAAUCACUUUUCUAACAGUGCUAUGGCUGGCCAGAUCCGCCUGAUAGCCAUUUUACUUAUUACGUUGCCUGCUGUGCUUCUUAAAGAAGACAAAAAUGUCUUUUUAAAGCAAGAAAAUGCACUUAGUGUGCUGUCGAGAUUAAAACGCGCAAACACAGCUUUUGAAGAAUUUAAGAAAGGAAACUUGGAAAGAGAAUGUGUUGAAGAAACCUGUUCAUACGAGGAAGCCCGGGAAGUCUUUGAGAAUGAAGAGCAAACGAAAAAAUUCUGGAAUGUGUACUUUGAUGGUGACUCCUGCCUUACAAAUCCUUGUGAACAUGGUGGUUCAUGUCUAGAUGGAAUUAACCGCUACACGUGUCUUUGUCAUGCUGGUUUUGAAGGAACAAACUGUGAAGUGGUUAUACAAAAAUUAUGCAGUGAAAACAAUGGUGAUUGUGAACAGUUCUGCAAAGUGGUGGAUAAAAAUGUAGUCUGUUCAUGCACAAAUGGAUAUAUCUUAGGGGAGGAUGGUAAAUCCUGCCUUCCUGUUGAUAAAUAUCCUUGUGGAAAAAGAAGAUUAUUCAGAAUCAGAAGAUCAGUAGAAAACCCCACAAACAUAACUGUUAAUACAAGUUCCAUAAACUCAGUUGUAAAAGAGGUCAAUCCGAUUGAUGCUGCUGCUUAUAUUGAUGAAGGUGGAGAUAAUCCUGAGGAGCGAAUUGUGGGAGGAAAACAGUGUAAACUUGGUGAAUGUCCAUGGCAGGCUGUUUUGGUGAGUGAUGAAAACGAAGCCUUUUGUGGAGGAACCAUUUUAACCCCACAAUUUGUUCUAUCAGCAGCUCACUGCAUGAAUCAAACCAAGUAUUUCAAAGUUGUAGUUGGGGAAGUAAAUUUAAACAAGAAAGAAGGGACCGAAUCUACACACAAAGUGGAAAAAAUUAUUAUACACCCAAAGUUUGUUAGGGCAACUUAUGAUUUUGAUAUUGCAGUCAUAAAGCUAAAAGAGGCCAUUAAUUUCACAGAUCAUAUUAUUCCUGCAUGCAUUCCUGACCCGGACUUUGCUGACCAGGUUUUGAUGAAUGAACCACAUGCUUUGAUUAGCGGAUUUGGACGCAUACUUGAACGUGGGGUUCAAUCCACAUUGCUUCAGAUGCUGACUGUCCCGUACGUUAAAAGACAGCGUUGCAAAGAAUCCAGCAAAUAUACAAUCACAGAUAACAUGUUCUGUGCUGGUUAUGACAAAGAAAUAAAAGAUGCUUGCCAGGGAGAUAGUGGUGGGCCUCAUGUCACCCCAUUUAAAGAUACCUACUUUGUGACUGGCAUUGUUAGCUGGGGGGAAGGGUGUGCGCAAAAAGGCAAAUAUGGAGUGUAUACCAAAGUAUCCAACCUGCAUAAAUGGCUAAGAGGAGUAAUGAGAAAAAAUCAAUCCUAAUGUGGAGAAUUUAAAAUUAAAUAAAAUAAAUUAGUUAUUAUGUUGUUAGGACUUCAAUUUCCACACUUACUCAAAAUGUAGUAGCCUGUUUCUUUCUCGGGCAAUGUUCUGAUUUUUCUUUGCUCUCAGCACUGUCUAAUAUAAGAAUUAUCUAAAAUGCAGGUAAGAUUUUGUCAAUAAUUAUUAAUGUUGAUCGAUUAGACAUGAUAGGUAAUAAUUCUAGGUGAAACCACACAGAAUUAAAAUUUCAGGGCAAUGAGGGAGCCCCCAUGACGACUGCCAUCAUUGUCUCCCUCAUCCCAUUUUAAAACCACCUAUCUUUUUUAUUGGGGACAUGUCAAAGACUGAUCCCAUCCAUUGGUACAGCAAGAGGUCUCUGAUAUUUCUGCUGUUUAUUAAUUGAGCCACAGGAUCUGAUAUUAUCUCUGUAACUAAGGCACAGAAGAAUCUCAGGGUGAACACAACAUCAUAGGAGGCAUAGAACCCCCCCAGUCUUGCAAAUCAAAAGGCAUACAAAUUGAGAUAAACCUAGGUGCACUGCAAACAGUUAAAAUAAUGAAUGCAACCCUGUGAUGAUUAAUGAAGCCACUGAGGUCGUGCUAUCAUAUCUAUGAUAUACAGAAAAUUGUAUUGUGAUAAAAACAAAGAUAUUGGUUAUAGCUAAUUAAUAGAAAUCUCGUGCAAUUUUCAAUAAUCAAAUUCAUAUUAUAAUUUUUAUGAAAACCUUUACUUGGACCUUUAUCGCUAGGUGAAAAUGUUAUAGUACUUAUCUCAGAGCAACAAGAUCUAACCAAAUGGGUUAGCACAUGGGGUUAUUUACAAAAUUCAAUGUGGAUUUAAAAAUUAAGGUCUUUUUAGUGAAUAACCCAGACAGUCAUUGAAACGCUAUAAGCAUAGAAACAUUUAUGUAUUUCUGGCAAUGCUAAAUAAACUGUCAUACAGAUUUCUUGAAAUGUGUAGUUUACCAUUGUUUUAUUACGGUUUAAUUGAGGCUAGUUAAAUGUUAACAGUAUUCUAUGUAUUAACAAGUCCAUAAACAACAUGUAGAAAAUGACACACUUUUUAAAAAUUCAACACAGAUCAAUCAAGAUAUAAGAAAGGAUGACCUGUGUUAAUAAAGAUAUGAAAUAUUGCAUUAAAAUAUUCUAACCAGUA